GCGGAAGAUUAAUCAGGCUCCUGAUCUACACAUGAUCAUUUGAUGGGAUUUACUGUCAAUAAAAAAACAAACAACCUUCAGCUUCCUCUUUGUUUCCUGCUCUCUUAAUUAAAACUCUGGAUGUUAUUUCCCAGGGGAAGCACCAGGGUCAUGAUCGACUGGUCCAAUGUGACAGCGUCCGGCCUCCAGGAGCUGGACCAGAACCCAGAGGAGCUGCAGAGGUCCCAGUGUGUGCUGGGCUUCAUCCCAGUGGUCUACUACAGCAUCCUGCUCUGUGUGGGAGUACCAGUGAACAUCCUGACGGCGGUGGCUCUGUCCCGCCUGGCGUCUCGCACUAAGAAGUCUCUGUACUACUACCUGCUGGCGGUGACCGGCUCAGACAUCCUGUCUCAGCUCUUCAUCAUCUUCGUGGGCUUCCUGCUGGAGACGGCCGUGUUCCACCGGGACGUCCCUGAGCUCCUGCUGCACUCCGUCAGCGCCGCCGAGUUCGCCGCCAACCACGCGUCCAUCUGGUCCACCGUGCCGCUGACCGUGGACCGCUAUGUGGCGCUGUGCCACCCGCUGCUCCACCGCCAGAUCAGCUACCCGGCCCGCGCCCGCCGGAUCAUCGCGGCGGUGCUGGCGCUGUCGCUUGUCUCGGGCGUGCCGUUCUUCUGGUGGUCGGACAUGUGGAGGAACAGCCACCCGCCCACCGCCGUGGACGCCGUCCUCAUCUGGACGCACGUCACCAUCAUCUACUUCCUGCCCUGCAGCAUCUUCCUGGUGCUGAACUCGCUGAUCAUCCGCACGCUGCGGGCGCGGCAGACGCAGCAGCGCUGCCAGGAGGAGCGUGGACCCAAGUCCGCUCCUCCCGGCCGCCUUGGGAAGACCACGGCCAUGCUGCUCGCCAUCACCUCCGUGUUCUCGGUGCUGUGGGCGCCCCGGACCGUGGUGGUCAUCUACAGCCUGUACGUGUCCUCGGUGCACCGAGACUGGCGGGUUCACCUGGCGUACGACCUGUCCAACAUGCUGGCCAUGCUCAACACCGCCGUCAACUUCUUCCUCUACUGCUUCGUCAGUAAGCCGUUCCGCAGCGCCGUACGGGACGUGAUCCUGCUGAGGGGGGGCCCUCUGUACCCGCGGCGGGCUCUGGCUCACCCACAGGCCCCCAACGCCUCCAUCUCGUCCCUGUACAGUGGGAACAACAAGCGCUCGCAUCGGGACUCCACCCCCCUGUCACCUCGCAGGGCCACCAAGCCUUCGUGACCCUGCGACCCCGCCUCCUGAUCCAAAACACCCGGGGUCCCACACUCCCCGAGCUCUCCGGACCCCAGAGACCCACGCUGCAUUCCUGCAGUGUGGACAGCUGCCAGUCAGCCCCGGGCCCUCAGAGGCCUUCAGAGGCCUCACAUGAACUCACCACAACUAUGUUGUGUUGUAUUAUAACACGUCUCCGCCUGACGUCCGUCCCUUUAAAUCACAUUUAUUUUUCCUCGGAAGGAUUUGACAAAUUAAAAAGACAUUUCUGUAUUUUUUCUUUCCCAUACAUGGUCGUAAUGUGAUGGAAUAUUUUUUAUAUUGUUAUGAGAAAGAAGAGAAGAAAAACAGUUUUGUUUAUCUGUGAUUAACUCGGUAGUUAAAAUAUGAUCAUGAAGGAAAAAACAUAGGAAAGAAAAUAACUUUUUGCACGCUACUGCAGUAAAUUCAAUCCAUUCAACUCCCCAGUUACACUUUUAUCACGUAGAGGGUUCAGCCUGCAUCAGUC